AUGAGCGCAUUGGGGGCGUGGGCGGGCUCACGCUGGUGGAGGAGGAGAUGCUCCGGCAGACGACGACGGCGGUCGCCAGCCGCCAUCGCCUCCCGCGCGGGGACACGCACGCCGGGCGGCUCAUCGACGACGAGGGGGCGCCGCCGAGGGCACGCGGCCCCGGUGCCCCCGCGCCCCGCAAGGUGCCCGGCUGCUGUUGGACCCCGACGGUGCGCCGCAGAAGCUGGUGCCACCGCGGCGGCGGGCCCCGCGCUGCCGAAGAAGGCGGUGUUUAAAAUCCCGCUACGCCUGCAGGGGAAGUUUGCCUGCAUUUAA